GACGAGGUGACAGCCUUCCUGGGCCAGUGGGGGCCCUUCCAGCGCCUCAUCUUCUUCCUGCUCAGCGCCAGCAUCAUCCCCAACGGCUUCAAUGGUAUGUCGAUCGUGUUCCUGGCGGGCACCCCCGAGCACCGCUGCCGGGUGCCGGACGCCGCGAACCUGAGCAGCGCCUGGCGCAACCACAGUAUCCCGCUGCAGCGGCUGCAGGACGGUCGCGAGGUGCCUCACAGCUGCCGCCGCUACCGGCUCGCGGCCAUCGCCAACUUCUCGGCGCUGGGGCUGGAGCCCGGGCGCGACGUGAACCUGAAGCAGCUGGAAGAGGAGAGGUGCCUGGAUGGCUGGGAGUUCAGCCAGGACGUCUAUCAGUCCACCAUCGUGACCGAGUGGAACCUGGUGUGUGAGGAUGACUGGAAGGCCCCGCUCACCAUCUCCUUGUUUUUUGUGGGUGUCCUGGUGGGCUCCUUCAUUUCUGGGCAGCUCUCAGACAGGUUUGGUCGGAAGAACGUGCUGUUUGUCACCAUGGGCAUCCAGACAGGCUUCAGCUUCCUGCAGAUCUUCUCAACGAACUUCGAGAUGUUUGCUGUGCUGUUUUUCAUUGUAGGCAUGGGCCAGAUCUCCAACUACGUAGCAGCAUUUGUCCUGGGAACAGAAAUUCUUGGCAAGUCGAUUCGCAUUAUAUUCUCCACGUUAGGAGUGUGCAUAUUCUACGCAGUUGGCUUUAUGCUGCUGCCGCUGUUUGCUUACUUCAUCAGAGACUGGCGGAUGCUGCUGCUGGCCCUGACGGUACCGGGAGUGCUGUGUGCGGUGCUCUGGUGGUUCAUCCCUGAGUCCCCCCGGUGGCUCAUCUCUCAGGGCAGAAUUAAAGAGGCAGAGGUGAUCAUCCGCAAGGCUGCCAAAAUCAACGGGAUCACUGCGCCCUCGACCAUCUUUGACCCCAGUGAGCUUCAAGACCUGAGUUCUGAGAAGCCACAGUCCCACAGCAUUCUGGAUCUGCUCAGGACGCGGAAUAUCAGAAUGGUCACCAUCAUGUCCAUCAUUCUGUGGUUGACGAUAUCAGUGGGCUAUUUCGGUCUUUCCCUGGACACCCCAAACCUGCACGGGGACAUCUACGUGAACUCCUUCCUCUCAGCCGUGGUGGAAGUCCCAGCCUACAUUUUGGCCUGGCUGCUGCUGCGGCACCUGCCCCGGCGCUAUUCCAUGGCUGCUGCCCUCUUCCUGGGUGGCAGUGUUCUUCUCUUCGUGCAGCUGGUCCCUCCAGGCUUAUAUUAUUUGGCGACAACCCUGGUGAUGGUGGGCAAGUUCGGAGUCACUGCUGCCUUUUCCAUGGUCUACGUGUACACAGCCGAGCUGUACCCCACAGUCGUCAGAAACAUGGGCGUAGGGGUCAGCUCCACAGCAUCCCGCCUGGGCAGCAUCCUGUCUCCCUACUUUGUUUACCUUGGUGCCUAUGACCGCUUCCUGCCCUACAUUCUCAUGGGAAGUCUGACCAUCCUGACAGCCAUCCUCACCCUGUUCCUCCCAGAGAGCUUUGGCACUCCCCUCCCAGACACCAUUGACCAGAUGCUAAGGGUCAAAGGAAUAAAAUACAGGCAAACGCCAAGCCACACAAAAAUUAUCAAAGAUGACGAAGAAAGCCCGACAAUCCUUAAAAGCACAGCCUUGUAACACAAACUCCAGUAAGUGAGAAUGUGAAGACGAAAGACUGCGUCUUGUCAGAAGGGACCUGUGCAGACACAGUGCCUUGGUGUUCUUCCUGUUGACUCUGUGUCUGACUUGCAGGUAAAGGGUCACCCAGCCUCGGAGGCCGGGGAUGGUCCUUCAGCAGCACCUCCCCACCAGGGACACCAUGCUACCUGCUGACAGCCUCAGAGAAAUCCUAACUAUUGCAGUUGAUGACUCGGCACUUCCCAAGACAUUAACUAUUCGCUAGGACCAGUGGGGUUAGGAAGAAUAUGAGAGCUGUUUGCUAAAUUUUCAUCUUAUUUCCAGAAUGCCUGAUAAAACCAGGGGUCUGGUCUCCUCCUGCCCUACCCCCAAACCUUCCCCCUUUCUUUCUAAUGGUGCACUUUAGAGGAAAAGAAAUACUUUCACAGGGAGUUUGAUUUCUCACUUUUUUUUCUCAGUCCAUACAAUAGUUGGGGUUGCUGCUUCCCCAGGGCAGGAAAGGAAAGCUCGGGCCUGGGGAGACAUAAUCUGGAGGAGCCUGACCAGAUAGAGGACACAGGCAAGAGUGUUAUCUGUGAGCUCUUGGACACUCGGUGUGACAGCUGGGUAGACUUGUUUACGUCUUAUCAAAGCACAGGGCUUGUCCAGGCCCAUAGAGAUGCCUCAUUGACUCCACUCUUGUUUUCACUGUUGUUUAAGUCAAACCUCCUAGCUACUGUGGUUUCUCCUCCUAGCUACUGUAGGGUUUGAAGGAAGAGCAAGAGAGAGAAACAACUUGUCUCUUCUCUUAACACUAUAAUAUGGAUUUUAUUUGUUUUGCAUGUUGUGUGUUUGUUGUUGGGUCUUUUUCUCCUUAACUUAUUUGCCCUUCAGAAUUGACUUGGGAAAGGCUGGUUCCUUCAUGUCCUGGUUUGUGUCCUUUUGUUUCAUGUGGGUUUUUGUUGUUGCUGUAACCCAGAAUCACUCUGGCGAUGUUCUGCUGUUGCCACUUAUGCUCAUGCUCCCAGUCUUAGCCACUAGCACGUCUCUGAGUGCCAAAAGUGAUGUUGCAAUGUGUACUCCUUUUGUGAUACCUAGUCAAGGGGAGACAUGAUAAAAAGAGACUUCAGUUGUGUGCCCAGUCUUUCAAAGUUGCUCAUGUCAGUCUUGUCACAUCGGAGUACUUUGUGUUUAGUGUGAUUGUCUUCUUUUUUCUGAUUAUGUUACCAUGGUACUCUAAAGGUAUGUGUUUCACCUGGUUUAAAAAAAAAAAAGCUUAUUUUUGUGAAAGCUACUGAAGUGCCUUGGGAAAUGAAGAUGUUUUAAUAAAUAAAAUGAUUUUUU